GGGGCCCGCGCUCUCCACGGGGUCCCGCGAUGGCGACGGCGUGCGUGGACCCGUCGCAGGUAUCUGUGACCUUUGAUGAUGUGGCCGUGACUUUCACCCAGGAAGAAUGGGGACAGCUGGACCCCGCCCAGAGGACACUGUACCAGGAGGUGAUGCUGGAAAACUGCAGGCUCCUGGUGUCUCUGGGGUGUCCUGUCCCCAGACCUGAGCUGAUCUCUCAGCUGAAACAUGGGCAGAAGCUAUGGAUGGUGAAGAAAGACCUCUCCCAAAGCACCUGUCCAGGUGAGAAGGAAAAACCCAAGACCACAGAACCUACUACUUGUGAGCCUGCCCUAUCUGAGAGAGCCUCAUUUCAGGAACAAUUAAUGCAAGGAGCUGAGUGUCCAGAAGACCUCCAGGUGGACCAAACCAAGGAUCAGAAUGGGCCGUUGGAAGUGCAAGGACAGUUGAAAUCAGAGAUAUACCUGCAGAUGGAAAAGCUUCCUAGGAAAUCAAGUUCUGAACAUGGCGGCUUAGGGACAGCUAAUGGUGUAGGUUCAGGGGUUGUGCAGGAGCCAGCUCCUCCAGGAGGUGCUCUCCUUGACCAUGACUCGUGCAGAUUAGGUAAAGAUCACAUGAUUCAGGAAGAGGAAAAUAUCUUUAAAUGCAAUGAAUGUGGGAAAGUUUUUAACAAGAAACGCCUCCUUGCUCGACAUGAGAGGAUUCACUCUGGAGUGAAGCCCUAUGAAUGCACCGAGUGUGGGAAAACCUUUAGUAAGAGCACUUACCUCCUUCAACACCACAUGGUCCACACAGGCGAGAAGCCAUAUAAAUGCAUGGAGUGUGGGAAGGCCUUCAACCGCAAGUCACACCUUACACAACACCAGCGGAUUCAUAGUGGAGAAAAGCCCUAUAAGUGCAAUGAAUGUGGAAAGGCCUUCACCCACCGCUCCACUUUUGUCUUGCAUAAUAGGAGCCAUACUGGAGAAAAACCCUUUGUGUGUAAAGAAUGUGGAAAAGCUUUCCGAGAUAGGCCAGGUUUUAUUCGUCACUACAUCAUCCACAGUGGUGAGAAUCCCUAUGAGUGCUUCGAGUGUGGAAAAGUAUUCAAACACAGGUCAUACCUCAUGUGGCACCAGCAGACUCACACUGGGGAGAAGCCCUAUGAGUGCAGUGAGUGUGGGAAAGCCUUCUGUGAGAGUGCUGCCCUCAUUCACCACUAUGUCAUCCACACUGGGGAAAAGCCCUUUGAGUGCCUCGAGUGUGGGAAGGCCUUCAACCACAGGUCGUACCUCAAGAGGCACCAGCGGAUCCAUACCGGGGAGAAGCCUUAUGUGUGUGGUGAGUGUGGAAAGGCCUUCACCCACUGCUCCACUUUUAUCUUGCAUAAGAGGGCCCACACUGGAGAAAAACCUUUUGAAUGCAAGGAAUGUGGGAAAGCCUUUAGCAAUCGGGCAGACCUCAUUCGGCACUUCAGCAUCCACACUGGAGAGAAGCCCUAUGAGUGCAGUGAGUGUGGGAAGGCCUUUAACCGCAGGUCAGGCCUCACGAGGCACCAGCGGAUUCACAGUGGAGAGAAGCCCUAUGAGUGCAUGGAGUGCGGGAAAACCUUCUGCUGGAGCACUAACCUCAUUCGACACUCCAUCAUCCACACUGGAGAGAAGCCCUAUGAAUGCAGUGAGUGUGGCAAGGCCUUCAGUCGUAGUUCAUCCCUCAGUCAGCAUCAAAGGGUUCAUACUGGGAGAAACCCUCUCAGUGUAACAGAAGUGGGAAGAUCCUUCUCAAGUGGACAGUCCUCAGUCAACCUCCAAGAACUCCUGUUGGGGAAGGACUUUUUGAAUGUAAACACUGUGGAAAAUGUUUUGCCAGAAGAAACAUCUUACUCAGACUCUAAUCAUUCAUACCAAAGAGAAACCCCACAAUUUUCUUCCAUAUGGGGUCCCAUGAUGGCGGCGUGGGUGGACCCGGCGCGGAUGCCCGUGACCUUCGAGGAUGUGGCCGUGACUUUCACCCAGGAGGAGUGGGGGCAGCUGGACCCUGCCCAGAGAACCCUGUACCAGGAGGUGAUGCUGGAGACCUGCAGGCUCCUGGUGUCUCUGGGCUGUUCUUUGUCGAAACCAGAACUGAUCUCCCCGUUGGAGCACAGUCCAGAGUUACAGACGUGGAAGGGAGGACUCUCCCCAAGCUCCUGCUCAGGUGACAGCACAAAACCCAAGACUACAGACCCUCCCCCUUCCCACCAGGCCUUGUCUGAGGACAUCUCAUCCCAGGAACAACUGACUGAGCGAGUCUCAGGGGCUUCCCAAGUCUGGCAAGGCAAAGACCAGGAUGGGCCAUCAGAAGUUCAGGAAGGCUGCCCAAGACCAGGGAUGGCAUCCACGAGGGAAAAGCUCCCUGGGAAACAGAGACCUGAAUGUGACACUUUAGGGAGAGACUAUGGUCUGCACUCCAGGACUGUCCAGGAGCCAUUGUCUUCAGGAGAUGCUCUCUGUGCACAAGAUUCAUGCAGACCAGCGAAAGGUCCCUCUAUUCCUGAAGGGAAACAACUCUACAAGUGUGAGGAAUGUGGCAAAGUGUUCAACAAGAAAUGCUUCCUGGUUCGACAUAAGCAGAUUCACACUGGAGUGAAGCCCUAUGAAUGUACAGAGUGUGGGAAGACCUUUAGCAAGAGCACCCACCUCCUGCAGCACCACAUGAUCCACACAGGGGAGAGGCCCUAUGAGUGCCUGCAGUGUGGAAAGGCCUUCAACCGCCGGUCACACCUCACCAGGCACCAGCGGAUUCACACCGGGGAGAAGCCCUAUGUGUGCAGCGAUUGUGGGAAGGCCUUCACCCACCGUUCCAAUUUGGUCCUGCAUAACAGGAGCCACACUGGAGAGAAACCCUUUGUGUGCAAAGAAUGUGGGAAAGCCUUCCGCGAUAAGACUGGUUUUCUUCGACACUACAUCAUACACACGGGAGAAAAGCCCUUCGUGUGCAUGGAGUGUGGGAAGGCCUUCAACCGCAGGUCACACCUCACGUGGCACCAGCAAAUUCACAGCGGCCUGAGACCCUUUGAAUGCAAGGAAUGUGGAAAGGCCUUUUGCGACAGCACAGACCUCAUUCAGCACUAUGUCAUCCACACUGGAGAGAAGCCGUAUAAGUGCCUAGAGUGUGGGAAGGCCUUCUACCGCAGGUCACACCUCAAGCAGCACCAGCGGAGUCACACUGGAGAGAAACCGUAUGUGUGUGGUGAGUGUGGAAAGGCCUUCACCCACUGCUCCACUUUUAUCUUGCAUAAGAGGGCCCACACUGGAGAAAAACCCUAUGAGUGCAAAGAAUGUGGGAAAGCCUUUAGCAAUCGGUCAGACCUCAUUCGGCACUUCAGCAUCCACACUGAAGAGAAGCCCUAUGAGUGUAAUGAGUGUGGGAAGGCCUUUAACCGCAGGUCAUAUCUCACGAGACACCAGCGGAUUCAUAGUGGAGAGAAGCCCUAUGAAUGCAUGGAGUGUGGCAAAGCCUUUUGCCAAAGGGCAAACCUCAUUCGACAUACUAUUAUCCACACCGGGGAGAAGCCUUUUGUGUGCACUGAAUGUGGUAAGGCCUUCACCUACUGCUAUACUUUUAUCUUGCAUAAGAGGGCCCAUAUUGGAGAAAAACCUUUUGAGUGUAAAGAAUGUGAGAAAGCCUUCAGCACUAGGAAAGACCUCAUUCGACACAUCAGCAUCCAUGCUGGAGAGAAGCCCUAUGAGUGCAGUGAGUGUGGGAAGGCCUUUAACCGCAGGUCAGGCCUCACGAGGCACCAGCGGAUUCACAGUGGAGAGAAGCCCUAUGAGUGCAUUGAGUGUGGGAAAACCUUCUGCUGGAGCACAAGCCUCAUCAGACACUCUGUCAUCCACACUGGAGAGAAGCCUUAUGAAUGCAGGGAGUGUGGGAAGGCCUUUGGUCGCAGCUCAUCUCUCACUCAGCAUCAAAGAGUUCAUUCUGGGCGAAACCCUGUCAGUAGAACAGAAGUGGGAAGACCCUUCCCAAGUGGACAAUCCUCAGUCAACCUCUAAGAACUCCUGUUGGGAAAAGACUUUGAAUGUAAAACAUUGUGGAAAAUCUUAUGCCAGAAUCUGAUCAUUUAUACCAAAGAGAACCCCUGCCCAGUUUUCUUCCCUGUGAGAAAACCUAUUGCAGGAUAUCAAUUGUUAUCUAACGAAUCAUGUUAGAAAUGACUCAUCCUAGAAUAUCAUUCUGCAUCUGAGAAUUCAUUCAGGAGAGUGACCCGCUCUUUACUGUGCUCUUAGCAAAACCUUCAGCCACAUCUUUCUCCCUAAUUUACACUGCAAAAUUAUCUCAGGGAUAUUUAAACAAAGCAAGAGGAGACAUAGAAUUGAAAAGACAAAUGCAAACAGCUUCUUUCAGAUUUUUGUGACAAGGCUAUGGCAGUUUGUCAUCCCUUCCUUCCUUUAUAUGGGGCAUGGGGAGGGUUGUUUCAGAGAGCCUUAUUCCCUUACUUGUUUUAUGUACAUGUUCACUUCCGUCCAACAUCAGAUGAGUUAGACAAUUGAGGGUAUAUCUGAAAACAAUUGAUUGAAAGCUUUUAUUCUGUAACAUUGUCUCUACCCGUGAGAAGAAAUAAGAAUGCUUAAGUAAUGAGAUCUUUUUAGGCGAUAAAGAUAUAUGCAUGAUACAGAAGAACCCUCUGAGACUGUUGAA